GAUGGCUUCCGGGACACCGAUGACUACACGCAGACGGCGUGGCGGAGGAGGACGCGGAAGAAGAACCUCUUCACCGAAGACGUGAAGCCGAAGAGGAAGUAUACAUACGAGGAUCCGCUCCAUUACGACCCCAAAGAGUUCUUCACGGAUGCGUUCAACGAUAGGGCGCAGAAGGAGUACUCGGAUUAUGUGGACAAACAUCACGAACAGAUGAGGGAGGAGUUGGAUCAGGCGUUCAGCGAAGGCAGGUCUAAGAUAGUGUUGUCGGCCAUCAUCGGUGUCGUCCUUUUAGCCAUUUGUGUCUUGGAUGAGAUGAUCCAUUCGGAUCUCACUGCACCACCGCUUAAAGCGAGGGACAGUUCUCUGCGUACAUUGAAUGCCAGUGCGAACCUCAAACGGGGAACUCUGAGCUCUGCCUACCCGUCUACCCAACGAUUCCAAGGCUUGUCUGUAUCGGUUCGGCCGCUGACAAGGACUAAGACCGGGACCACAGAGCGAGGUAUAGGUCCCGGAACUGGACGUCUUUACGUACCCAUAGGUCGGGCCUAUGAGUGCCAUAUCUUAGAGUCAGACUUAUACUCAAUUCACCGAUACUUAGGUGCCACUCCGGAGCCGACCGCCAGUUCCCGUCGCAGGACCGCCUCCAAGGAUGAAACGCCGGUUGUUGCGGACAAGCGGUCGCGUCGCGCGACUCCCGGACGGCCCGCGAAGGAUAAGUCCCUCGAAGAGGACUUCGACGACGCCAUGAAGAAGCCGAGGGGCGGCUUCGAGAGGGGUCUCCGUCCCGAUCGCAUACUCGGCGCCACCGACGCCUCCGGGGAACUCAUGUUUCUCAUGAAGUGGUUGGACUCGGAUGAGGCGGAUUUGGUGCCCGCGAAGAUGGCUAAUGUGAAGUGCCCGCAGAUCGUCAUCAAGUUCUAUGAGGACCGCCUCACGUGGCACUCAAACGCCGAAGAGCUGAACGCCGCGGCAAAGGCUGACUGAUGGAUGAUAUUGGGGUCCAAAGUCAUGGAUUUGAUUCCAUACACCUCUUUGUUUUUGUCUUAAUCUCACGAUUUUUAUUUAAUUAUUAAAAAGUUUUGUCCUUUUUAUGAACCAAUGAUUAUCUGUCGAUUACUCCAACCAUUAUCUCUCAUCUCAAUGUGUCCUCAAAACUAUCAAUCAUUAUAACUGACACUCCGUUUGAUUGGAUUUGUAUUUAAAUCAGACUUUAAUUGAAUAAUAAGUCUGUAAUGCAUUCGCAUGUCUUAUAAUUUAUAUAAUAGCA